CGAAGUUUGAAACGUGGGUGGAGUGACUCCACCUAGAAAGUAGCCAAGUCAAACAGUCGGCAUUUGAGUCGGGAUGCCUCAAAAAAGAUUGAAAUGCACAGUAGAACUCGAGAUUCAGGCUAUCACGUGUCCUGGGGUUCUGUUGCCCUCUCAGGAAGACAUUUACCUCAGUGUGCGCAUCAUGGACCAGUUUCAAAAGACCCAUUGCGUGCCUGCCGUCUUUCCUCUUUUGUUCCACAAAAAAAUGGUAUUUACCAAGUCUUUCUCCCAUGUAGUUGACCCCAGUGGCAUUGCUGACCUCUUAGAAUGUGAUACAACAUUCUUUGAGCUAAUUCAGCUGGUACCACCAGAGGGGGAAAUCUGGGCUACCCUUGAGGAGAACACCCGUGAUUUCCUCUACCCUGGGCCGUGCGUCCUGUCCAAAUCCCCCUGUCCACAGAGAGAGCUCCUGAUGAAGAAAUCCAUCACCUUUCCUGGAAUCUCACCCAAAGUGGAAUUCUCCACCACCACCACCAUAGAGGAAUGUGAGGCGAGGGAACGGCGGCCUGCUGCAUCCUCGAAUUCCGGCAAAUCCCCUGCUAAAGCUGCCAGUGCCAGUGUCAGGAGGAGCCCUGGCACCGCGGGCAAGAAAGGGCCGGGCACGAGCAGCGCAGGCGCGCCGGCAUCCAGCGGCUAUGACAGACCCACCGUCGCCUGGCUGACCCGCACGCCCUCGCCCUACACCCACCGGAGGAUGUGCCAGCUGUCGGAGGAGGCCAGGCAGCGCCUCUGCCACCUCCAGCUGGGGCCGCACGCCUUCAGGAAGGAGACGUGGCGACAGCCCCCCUUCGUGGUUCCCCGCAGUCUGAGCACUUCAGUGCUGGAGACCUCGUCGUGUCCACCAUCCCUCUCUUUGAGCACCUGGAGGUCUGUUCUCGAUCGGUCCACCCUCUCUGCUGCUGAUGCCUCACAUCUCUCCAGUAGAAGGUCAAGUCCAGCUAAAGUAUCGGCCAGCUCCGUGAAGUCCAGCCCUUCCCCAGUCAGGCCUCCCAGGCAGAGACCCAGCUGCAGCCCCGUCCGCCAGAGACCUCCAGCUGCCCACUCCACCCCACUACUGACCAGCAGCCACAGGGCAGCACAGAGCCCAGGGCUCAACCACUCCUCGCUGAAAGAGAGGUUUAAGCAGGGCCCCUCGAGUCCCUGUCGCUGGGAAGAGAUUCACAGACGGGUGGAGAAGAUCCUCAGGAGCCGAAACACAAGCUGCAAGCUCACCUUUGAUGAGGAUGAGGAUGAGGACGAAGACGAGGAUGUUGACAGCAGCGGUGGCGCUCCCUGCCGUGGGCCAGCGCUCCCCCGUGACAGACAGCGUCUCCAGGACAGUAGCGUAUCGGCGGCGGAAACAUCUGUCCACUUGGACGACGGGCAUUACUGGAGCUCCAGAGCGGCCGCCUACUCGGGGAAACCCCAUCGAGCCGUGUUCGAGGAGAGCAUGGGCCGGAUCUACAAGAACCUCUACAGAAACCUCUCCGACACUAGCUGAAGUGAAGGCACGGCACGGCACGGCACGGCAGCAUACAUCAGUGUAUUAUUAAGAUCGUUAUUGAAGGACGCACGGAUGCAGUUGCUACCCAUUUUCAGAAGUGCAUAAUGCGCCAUUCCUACUGGGUGGCAUUUAUACUUGAAAUUAGAGAAAGCCAAACCCAGAUACAAGCUAACAUGAAGGAAGCUAACAUGGAUUAUGAUAUGAAAGUGACAUAUUUUCUGUAUGUCAAAUGCUAGAUGGUGCUGGAUUCACCCCUGUAAGGCCCCUUUCUGUUUUCUUUUAUUUAAAAAAAAAAAAAAAU